AUGGCCGAUAAGUGCGUUCACAAGGGAUGUGGAAAGACUUUCUCCGACCCGGAGGAAGAGUGCGUGUAUCAUCCGGGGCCCCCAGUGUUCCACGAAGGGCAGAAAGGCUGGAAAUGCUGCAAGCCCCGCGUCUUGACCUUUGAGGAAUUCCUCGCUAUCCCACCAUGCACCACCGGAAAGCACUCGACUGUCGACGACACACCUGCUCCCGAGCCACCCAAGGUCGCAGAGCCUCCUCCCGAGCAGGUUGCCCCCGUUGAGACCAAGCUACCUGAGCGACCAGCCCUCUCCCCCGCCAUCCCGCCUCCUACGCCUCCCGCUGCCCCGCUGCCAGAGCCCGAUUCGGAUGAUCCUGAUCUGGAGAUCCCUGCCAACGCGAUCUGCCGUCGCAAAGGAUGCGGUGCUACUUAUACAGGAUCGACUGCGCGGGACGAGGAGAAAUGCACACACCACCCAGGCGUCCCAGUGUUCCAUGAGGGUAGUAAAGGGUGGUCUUGCUGCAAGCGACGGGUGCUGGAAUUUGACCAGUUCCUGAAGAUCCCGGGCUGCACAGAGAAGACACGGCACUUGUUCGUUGGCAAGGCCAAGCCCCCAGGCGAGGAGAAGGUCGAUUCGGUCAGGAGCGAUUUCUACCAGACUGCCUCUUCCGUCAACGUUUCCCUAUAUCUGAAGAAGAUCGACAAAGAGCGAGCUCGCGUGGACCUUUCCACCGACUCGAUCACCUUCGACCUUCCCACCUCCGACAACAAGCGCUUCCAGGACACUUACAAGCUCUUCGCCCCCAUUGACGCGGAGAAGUCAUCGUUCCGCGUUUUGGGUACAAAGCUGGAGCUGACCCUAGCCAAGGCCGACGGUACCAGCUGGCCCGUUUUGCGCAGCGACGACAAGUGGACUGGCGAGCGCAUCCAGAUUGGAAAUGCCGGACGGGCAUGA